AUGGCAAAGGGUCCAACUACCGAAGGUAUCGGCUUGGGUAUCAUGUGUUUUGCCAUCUACGCGGCUUACGCGCUGGCCUUCUUCUAUGGUGGUGUGCUUGUCACGCAAGGCCGAGUCGACUCUGGAACAGUCAUCACCGUCUUCAUGUCCACCAUCAUCGUUUCAUUUAGUAUGGCCAUGCUCUGUCAGGGGGCUACCUUCCUUAGGCUAUGCUUUCAGAGGUCGCCGAGGUGUAGAGACGAAAUGGUCUGA